UUGGUCGCUGCGCUGCUUUUCACGGCAGUUGGCGAAUUUCACCGAGUAAAACCGAGUGAUGCGGCUCAGCUGACUGUGAGGAUUGAGGAUCACUUCUCAGUUUAGUGAAUCAAAAAUAAAACCAGCUUCUGAUUAAUCGAUAAAGCCAAACACAGCCAUGCCGUCGCUUCUGUUCUGCGGGCCGAAGAUGGCCGCAUGCGGGAUAGUGAUCAGCAUCUGGGGGGUCAUCAUGCUGGCGAUGCUGGGAAUCUUCUUCAGCGCCAAGUCGGCCGUGCUGAUCGAGGACGUCCCGUUCACCGAGGAGGACAUUCGGAAGGAUACAAACCCUCCUCAGAACAUCUACAGUCUCUACAACCAGGUCGGCAUCAACUGCUUCAUCGCCGCCGGCAUCUACGUGGCCGUGGGCGCCGUCUCGCUCUGCCAGGUGCGACUCAACAAGCGGCAGGAGUACAUGGUCACAUAGACGGCCGCGGCCGCGAUCUCUGCCCCCCCCCCCUCCCCCCCGAAGACCACCGGAAGGACCUGACGACAGCAGCCGCCUGUCCAUAAAGUUUUACGUUACGGUGUCACACAACGGACCAAUUAGCAGCUGAGUCGGUACAAAUUGGGGGGCGAAUAAUGAGGCGAGGAGAGGCGGUCAGACGUCAGCUGAAUUAUUUAUUUUAAAGUUACAACCUUGGAUGUUUCUUGUUGUCUGCUGUGAUGUUUUCUUGAUGUUGUUUGAAAUGUUAAAUCAUUCCCCUUGAACGGAUUAUUCAUGAAAACGUUUGUGAAAAGUGAGUAUUAAGUAAAUACUUUAUUGCUAAUUCCUUCUGAAAAAUGAAUAAAACAAACUAGGCGUGCAC